ACGUAUACAGAUGCAUCAGUGAGCGCUCGUCUCUCAGAACAUGCAGUUGUGUAAUUGUUUGUCGUCGACCCUCAACCAACAACAAUACCAGUUCACGCAACCCGUACAUAACAUACAGAAGAAGAAGAAGAAGAAGCUGCACAUACCAUAAAGAAGAAGAAACUGCACAUACCAUAAAGAAGAAGAAACGGCACAUACCAUAAAGAAGAAGAAACUGCACAUACCAUAAAGAACAUACAGUUCCUGUCUUAAAGUCUUCACUGAGCACUGAUUUCUCUGCAUUGUAGAAAAUACUGGCAGCUGUGCUGAGCGAUGUUCUUACGGGCUGUGUAUGCGGGGCCUGGAGGCCUGUGUAGGCCUACACUACUCGCCAGGACCUUACCACUGGUGUCAUUCGUCUACAAAAGUACUGUUGCUCAGCAGCUGGGUAUUCCAGAACCUCCAAAAAGGCCCGUAACACCAUACCUGAACUUCAUGAUGCAGAGUCAAGCAGAAAUUCAAAAAAAGUAUCCUGAAUUGUCUUACCGUGAAAGAAUUUACAAAAUUACACAGAUAUGGAAGAAUCUUGGUGACAAUGAAAAAAACAAAUGGCUGCUGGAAUAUAAGAAACAGAAAGAGGAAUAUAGUAUAAAGUAUAACAACUAUAUACAGAAUCUCAGCAGUGAGCAAAUUCAAAACAUUGAAGAUCUCAAGAAAGAGAAAAGUGCAAAAACAAAGAAAAGAAAAUGUACUAAAGCUGCAAAGAUUGAGAGGAAAGAGCCUGACAUUGACAUCUCAAAGCCAAAAUCACCUGGUAAUGCCUUCACUCUAUACAUUAGGACAUUGAACAGAGGAAACACUAAAUUAAAGGUAUAGUGUCAUUAUGUUUUUAUGUAGAUUAU